GCUAGCCUGGUGCCGGUAACACGGUGCAAAGCCCCGUAAUCUUGUCCGGUAAUAGAAAAAAGGCGAAAUUUAACGUGCGUCCGUGACAUGAAAGUGAUCAGAGCAGCCGCAGAGACGUGACACACUCGGCUCAGGCGCCGUUAAACACAUUUAAAGUCACAUUUCACGUUAGAGCUGAAGUUCGCGGCUAACGGCAGCUAACCGUGUUGUGACACCUGAGCAGAUGCCGAAGCUAAAAGGAUUAGCUCCUCAGGUGAACGCGAGCUAGAGGUGGUGUAAUGGCCGUGAAGCGGAGCGCCAGGUGGACUCAGCAGCCGUGAAGGAUGCUCCAGGGUCCGUACGGCAGCCUGGAGCGGGACGGGCUCCUCAUCCGGCUGCCUUUCACCAGCUUCGCCGUGGGGACGGUUCUGCUCCCUCUGACUGGCCUCAUCGCCUGCCUGUCCAUCUCACUCAUGUACCACUUCGAAGACGCCACGUACACACACUGUCACGUGUCAAACUACCUCCCGUCCAUCAGCGCCGCCAUCAGCCGCGUGCCGGAGCGCUACAUCUGGCGCUGCUGCAUCGGCCUGCACUCAGCGCCACGCUACCUGGUCGCCGCUGCAUAUUUCAACUUCUACCGCAGCCGCUUCAGCAACAGGCUGCCGGAGCUGCUGCUGAGCGGACUGGCUCUCCUCUGCAGCCUCGCCGAGAACACCGGCCUGCUGCUGCUCACAUACGUGUCGUCCACAGAAACGUACAGUGUUCAUAAAAACGGUUUCAUCGUGUUCAUAGCGAGCUCGCUGCUGCACAUGCUCAUUACAUGCAGACUGUGGCAGAUGAUCAGGAGAUACUAUGUGAACCCAGAGGAAGUGACAUCAUACCGAUGGAAGGUGCGUCUCUUCCUGUUUAACAUCAGCUGCUGUCUGGCUGCAGCUUACUUCUUCCGACGCCACAACAAAUACUGUGAAAGCGGAGUCUACACCCUGUUUGCCCUCUUUGAAUACCUGGUGGUCUUCUCCAACAUGGCCUUCCACAUGACGGCCUUCUGGGACUUUGGGAACAAAGAGGUGAUCGUGGCCACGCCCCCGGAGGACAAACGAUACUGAGCAGGUGACCAGAAAUCCACCGGAGGACAACGACAAGCUCAACUUUUAUCUGGACACAUGAAGGUGUCGUGUGGCUUCAUGAACUUUGACCUGAUCACGGCAUGGUUCAGCACUUCUGUUGAGUCGUACCUGCUGAGGACACGCGUGUUGUUAAACUGUACUGUGACUCAGCAGCUGUGUCACUGUUUGGAUUAAAGGAGAAAUCAGACCAGGCUCUAGUACAGAGCUCUG